GAUGCAUCCUUGCGUUUGCGAAGAACCUUUUCAUCAAAGGCACGAUCGCGCCACGUUAAAAACAUUCCGCAUUUUUGGCAUUUGCGAAAAAUUUACCGACAUGCGGUGAGACAAGUUGUGAUUUGUUUUUUUUUUUUUAAUAUAUUAGAGGUACAUACUGGGAACAAGUUUUGAACAUAUUUGAGCAGAAAGUCAAAAAUAGUAAUUCCAAAAGUUUGGAAUAUUAAUGCACAUAUUUAGUGUACAACAGCAGAAGAAAUGUCUGAUGACGUGAUUAUGCACUCAAGCACGGCUAACCAAGCUAAUAAUGAUGGAGCUACCAACUUAAAGAACUCAACUGAUAAUUCAGUAUCACAUUCAGCUUCAGCUGAAGAGAUGACAUCAAGGGACUAUUACUUCGACUCUUAUGCUCAUUUUGGCAUUCAUGAAGAAAUGUUGAAAGAUGAAGUGCGUACCAUUACGUAUAGGAAUGCCAUGUACCACAAUAAACAUCUAUUUCGAGGAAAAGUUGUUCUUGAUGUAGGGUGUGGAACCGGUAUAUUAUCUAUGUUUGCAGCUAAAGCUGGAGCAUCUAAAGUCAUAGCAGUCGAUUGUUCUAACAUCGUAGAAUAUGCCCGCCAAGUUGUAAUAGAUAAUAAUCUUCAAGAUGUGAUUAGUGUGGUAAAGGGAAAAAUUGAAGAAAUAGAGUUGCCUCCUGGUAUAGAAAAAGUAGAUAUUAUUAUAUCUGAAUGGAUGGGGUAUUGUCUGUUUUACGAGUCCAUGUUGGAUACAGUUCUACAUGCCCGGGAUAAAUGGUUGAAAUCCGAUGGUAUGAUGUUCCCAGACCGCGGUACUUUAUAUAUAACAGCAAUUGAAGAUCGGCAAUAUAAAGAUGAAAAAAUUAAUUGGUGGGACGAUGUCUAUGGAUUUGAUAUGAGUUGUAUUCGAAAAGUUGCUGUGACUGAACCAUUGGUCGACGUGGUUGAUCCUAAACAAGUUGUUUCAACUUCAUAUUUGGUUAAGGAAGUAGAUUUAUACACUGUCAAAAAAGAAGACUUGGAAUUUUCUUCACCGUUUAACCUGAUUAUAAAGCGGAAUGAUUUUGUACAGGCGUUGGUUACUUAUUUCAAUAUUGAGUUUACAAAAUGUCACAAACGACUAGGUUUUAGUACCUCCCCCGAGGCUACAUAUACACACUGGAAGCAAACGGUGUUUUAUUUAGACGAUUACCUUACAGUUAAAAAAGGGGAAGAAAUUGUAGGUACCUUCAAAAUGAAGCCUAAUGAACGCAAUAAUCGCGAUUUAGAUUUUGUCAUUGAUGUUCACUUUAAAGGUGAGCUUUCAGAUGUCGAUGAACAUAACACCUAUAGAAUGCGUUAAUAUUGUUUUAAAAAAUGACAAAGAACAAUUGUAUUCAUACGUUUGAUGGAACAGCCGGAAAACCAGUAAAAAAAAUGAUGCAGUAAAGUUAUUGAAAAUUAA